GUGGAUUACAAUAUAGCAACAAAUAUGGCCUCCGUUUUAAGGUCGUGGAAACCUCUGUUGACCACAUUAUUUAGGCAAUUGUCUGGUCAACAAUUACAAAUUGCAAAUGCCAGUCGUCUCCAGCGAUGUGCAUCAUCUUUAACUUCUCAUCAGAUAACAUACAAUAAAUUUGGAGAUCCGAGACAAGUGCUAGAAAAAACAGAAGUUCAACUCCAAACGUCAGUACAGAAACAUGAAGUUUUGAUAAAGAUGUUAAUGGCUCCUGUGAACCCAUCCGACAUCAACAUGAUAGAAGGAACUUAUUUUAUUCGUCCCCCAUUACCAGCAGUUGUCGGAAAUGAAGGUGUUGGAGAGAUCAUUGGUAAAGGAAGUAGUGUUUCUGACCUUGACAUUGGUGAUUGGGUUAUCCCAGCAGAUUCGGGAUGGGGCACAUGGAGAAGUUAUGCAGUUGCACCAAGAUCAACAGUUUUCAAAGUUGCAAAUGAUAUCCCCGUUGUCAGUGCUGCAACCCUCUUAGUAAACCCUCCCACUGCAUAUCGUAUGUUGAAAGAUUAUGUAGAUCUGAACCCAGGUGAUAUUGUUAUCCAGAAUGGUGCAAAUAGCGCCGUUGGACAAUGUGUAAUUCAACUUGCUAAACACUGGAACAUCACAACCAUAAACAUGGUCAGAGAUCGGCCAGACAUUGACCAACUCAUCCACUACCUUAGAGAUCUUGGAGCAGACCAUGUUGUCUCUGAAACGUUUUGCCGUUCACCAGAAAUGAAAGAUUUCAUGAAGUCACUGCCCUCACAACCAAAGCUAGGGUUAAAUUGUGUAGGGGGAUCAAGUUCAACAGAGAUUCUUCGACAUCUUGGUCAAGGUGCAAAGAUGAUAACAUAUGGGGGGAUGUCCCGUAAACCGAUUGUGGUACCAACAGGUGCUCUUUUGUUUAAAGAAAUCAAACUAGAAGGUUACUGGAACACUGAAUGGAACAAAAGAAAUAGAGACAGUCAGGUGCGUGAUGAAAUGUACCAGAGUAUCUGUCAGCUGAUACGAGACAAACAUUUCAAGAAUCCUGUCAGUGGUAACAUUCCACUAGAGCUAUAUGACAGAGCUGUUGCUGAAUCACUGGAGAGCUUCAAAGGCACAAAGAAAAUUCUUGUGAUGGAUAAGAAUCUGUUGUAAUACUUUGAUGAAGAUGUUUCAUUUGUUAUCUGAUGGUGAAACAACAGCUUGUGCAUCUUGUCUGUUCAACUGUAACUGCCAUAAUUGUUGACCAAAAUGUAUUUCUGAAAGGCUGUGUGUAACAAGUGUUAAGGCUUGGCUGUCCAUCGUAAUGUAUUCAAGAGUAUUAUGUUGUUGGAAUAAAAAAAUAGUUUUCAA